UUCUGACGUGUAAGGCAUAUGAUCAUCUCUCAGGUUACUCUGGCGAUAUUUUUUAGUUACGUGGGAUCCAUUCCCAUGUUUAACAACUUAAAUCGUUUAGAAGUGUCCUUCAGUACCUGCUUCUUACAAAUGUUACCCGAUUUUCUUGGGAGUUUUCCAAAUCUAAAACACCUCACACUGUGUGUAGUGUAUUUGAACAAUGUAAACGUGGAAAAAAGUGAAUCUUCAAUUGUGCCUCGGUGCUUGCUAUCGACCCUCGAGUGUGUUGAGAUUAGAGAAUUGAUUACUGGAGACGAAACUAGGAUAAAAGAGAAUAUAUUGAAGCGCAAGAAGGAAACUUUGAUGAAUGCAGCGAGGUAUAUUCUUGAGAAUUCAUUAGUCCUCAAGAAGCUCAUUUUGGUUCUCUCUCCUGUAACCAACCAAAUCUCGGAUACCACCAAGGAGCUUCUUACAUUCAGAAAAGGGUCUCACGGAUGCAAUAUCUACAUGGGUUUAUUGCACUCUGAUGAUAAACCUUUUCUACAACUUAUUGGCUAAUUUGGUAUUUCCCAAUACUUGUUUUUAAUAUGAUAUUGCAUUUUCUCAUACUCAUAAUUUUUCU